GGCCACCGCUCAAACGUCCAUCACCUUUUUAUUAUUGUGAUUUGUUUUGUUUUGUUUUGGGAUCAAUCCUCUCUGCUUUGGAUGCGUUUUAAUUGCGCUGAGUUGUCAAUCCCACGCUGUCGCUGCUACCCCGCAAUAACGUCAAACCCGUCAUAGGCGGUAACAGCCUGUCCUUGACCUCUGUUAUGUGCUGUGGUCUCCUUCCGGGUUAACCGGCUGGUCCGGUUACCUUCCUAAGUCCACUUCGAACUCCAGUCUGUCGAAACCCUCCUCUCUCUCCUCUCCCUUCUCCUCUUGCCUCUGUACUCGCUUUCUUCCUUCUCCUCUGUUUUCUCUUCGUGGGAGAGAGAGUUGGUUCGCUCCCUUGAAGCGGCACCUUCUCCAGUGACGAUGAAGGCUUCAAAGGGUAAGGGGGCGGUGAAGAAGGACUCAAAGGAAGCAUUGAAGGUCGUUGAAGAUAGAAAAGUUGGGAAGCGAAAGGCUGUUGCCAAGCCAGAUAAGAGUAGCAAAAGAAAGGCUAAAAAGGAUAAAUCAACCAAGAAAGAUCCUAACAAACCAAAGAGGCCUCCCAGUGCUUUCUUUGUGUUCCUUGAGGAGUUUAGGAAGACCUUUAAAAAGGAAAACCCUAAUGUGAAGGCUGUCUCAGCUGUUGGGAAAGCUGGGGGAGAGAAGUGGAAAUCUCUGUCUGAUGCUGAAAAAGCGCCAUACGAGGCCAAAGCAGCUAAAAGGAAGGCUGAAUAUGAAAAGCUUAUGAAUGCAUACAACAAGAAACAGGAAAGCUCAGCGGAUGAUGGUGAUGAUGAAUCUGAACAUUCAAAAUCUGAAGUUAAUGAUGAAGAGGAUGAGGAAAGCGGGGAGGUAUUGCUAUUUUUGGCUUUACUAGUUAGUACUUACUGGUAUUGCUUGUGUAUGGAUUUUGAGCAUGCUAUUUACACAAUUUUCAAGAAUAUUAUUUUAAAUUUUAUCACUUUUUAGCUUGCGUCGUUCAUAUCAUUGUCCAGGGUACUCUUGAUGGUAUUUCAUGUGAAUAGACAUCAAGCAUGUCAACAAAGAAUAAGGUUUUGAGUGUGCGAUCAUAUAUUGACUUAAUUAAUCCUAUAUGUUUUGAAAUAGUUGAGUGAGGGUUGGUAGAUCAGAUGAGAUAAUUGUGGUCUUUUUGUCAAUAUUCAUUGAAGUAUGGUUGACUGUCCAGAAUGUUAAUCUUCAAUCUGGGAGUCUUGGUUUUGUGUCCCUUGGAUUUGCCGAACUUCACUUUUCCAUCAGUUAGGAAAAGUAGGAAAGGGCAUAGAGUGGAUGAGAAUACAUUGAAGGGAUAUAGGUCAAAGAAAAAGGGAAAUGUAAUAAAUAACGGUUUUUACAAUUUUGGGGAACCGAAACGGAAACUUGGCAAAUGCAUUAAAUUGUACUUAGAUUAUCGAGUAAUGGUCCAAUCUUAAAGGGAUUUUUCCAAACCAUUCUGGCAACCCAUUCUGUGAGGCUUCACUACAUUUUCUGGGAAAUGAUAAUUCCUUGUGUGUUUUAGGCAAUGGAGAAAACUCAUUACAGAUUUGUUGGUGCUAUUUUUUUUUUAAUGAAUAUUGGAAAUGCGUUUAUUUGGCAGUUGCCUAGGAGAAUAGUUUCUACAUAGUUGCUCAUCACUCUAUAUAAUCUUUUGCAGUGAAAUGCUUAAUUGGUUUGUGUCAUGAUAGUGGGAUUAUCUUGGCAUCAGAACCCCCCUUGUUCCUCUCUUGUUUUUCAAGUGUCAAUAAUGUAAUUUAUUUUUUUCCCUUUUUUGUAGGAGGAAGAGGACGACGACGAAGAUGAUGAGGAUGAUGACUGAAUAGGCAUCUGACUUGGCUUUGUGGAUGAUCCAGGGCAACACUUCUGCAUUUUGUAUGUUCAUACCCGUAGUUUAUGUUUGGUGCUUUUUUGCGCAGAUCUUGUGCCUCUUGCUGCUGCCAUGUUAUAAUGUUAGGUUGUUUGUAUACUAAGCAUGAGCUCUCUUUAGUUAAAUAUGGCAUUUUCAAAUGUCAUGGUGCACAUUUUAGCCAUGCUUGGUGCCUUAAAUUGCCAAAGUUUGAAACGAACAUGUCUCGGUAUGCUGAGAGCUCAAAGCAUGUUGUUACUUUCUUUCAAUAUUCUCACUAGAGAGCCAUCUAUUAUCCCUGAGGGUCA